AUUUGUAUUGUUUUUGUUUAUACUUUGUGUGGUUAUAGGUGAAGUGAUUUGAAUAGUUUCAUAUUUUACUACGUUUAUUUUACCGAUUUAAAUAUUUAAUUUGGAUAAAAUGAGUGCGCAAAAAGCGCUACCGUUGACGAAGGAAGAAGUGAUGAUGUUGGUGAAAUUAGUUGAAGCUCAUCCGGUGCUAUUUAGUAAAGCCACCAAUGCUACCAACAACCGAUUGAAAGAAGUAACUUGGGCUAAACUAACAACAAGAUUCAACUCGAUGAUUUCCAGUUCUCCUCGUAAACCGGAACAGCUGCGGUCAAAGUGGGAAAACUUGAAAAAAGCUGCCCGGAAAAGAAGUCAGAUAAGAAUGAAUAACUUGAAGACUGGAGGUGGGAACCCCGACUUCACGCCACCAUAUGAGGCACUGGACAAAGUUGCAUCAAUUUUACGUGCAAGUUGUGAUAGCCACCGGGUCCCAUUUAGAGGAACGUUGAAACACAGUGUCGCAGCUACUGAGUCUAAGGCGUCUGUGAUAGCCAGGAACAGAGCUAUUGCAGAGUACUAUGUAACAAAAAAGAAAAAUGAAAGUGAACUGGCUCCUUUAAAAAAAAGAAAAUUAGAGUUAGAAAUCUUAGAAUUAGAAAAAAGAUUUUGCUGUGACCCUAGUGAUACCAACAAAGAGUCUCAUCAAUAGAUAAAAUAUUUUUCGUCUUUUCUUUGUUGAUGAGACUCUGUUAUUUCUAUGUAAAUAUUGUACAUAAUUAAUAAUUAAUUAAAAAUAAAAUUUUAUGGUCUAAUAAUACAUGUUUAUUUUUAUCCACUAAUUUAAAUAAUUGAAACACAGGUAUACAAAUCAUGUAUAU